GUCACGCGGCCUCGCGUGGCAUCACGGAUGACGACAAGCGUCAUCGGAAUUUGCUCUCGCAAUCUGGCUGGGGCAAUGGCGUCUUAUGGCUUGUCAGCCCACACGCGCGGUGGAUGCAGGCCGGCUCGUCGCUCGAGCAGCUGGCCUUCCCGAGGUGUCUGGGCGCUACGUUCGCUCCGCCGGGGAACGCCUGCAGGCUGCGGCGCGCCGUUGCCGUCAAGGACGGCGGCGAGGUAGUGCAGGAGUGCAGCGGGUGCGCCACUCGGCGGCGGGCCCACGUGGGUGCCGCGCACGGCCUUGAGGGAAAGUUGCGCGACGCAGGCGUCGUAGACCUGGAGCCUCCAGUGGCGGGUGCCCGACCUAUAUACUGGACGCGGCUGGACGGCCCCAUCCGGGGGGCGAUCAUGGACCCUGUCCCUGGUUCUCCUGCCGGUGCCGAGCGUUGGAGACUGGACGCCGACGUACGGUCGCCGUUCAACGCCUCGCUCGCCGAUGCUGGCCGCGUUGCUUGGGCCGCCGCCGCAGACGGCGGCAGGGCCAAGGCGACGCGCUACGGCGACCAGGGUCGCAGCACAGCCGUCGAGGCGGGCGGCCGUCUCAGUGCAGUGCUGGUCCCGGGGCGGCGCUCGGGUGGCAGGGCG